AUGGAGGAUCAGGGGCAACAGGACCCAAACACAAACACUAGUCCAAGCCAUGGCACCGAGAAGAGUGAACCGGUUCGGUCAAGGUGGACUCCAAAGCCAGAACAAAUCCUCAUACUCGAAUCCAUCUUCAACAGUGGCAUGGUGAACCCCCCAAAGGACGAAACCGUAAGAAUAAGAAAACUACUUGAGAAAUUCGGCACCGUCGGUGAUGCCAACGUUUUCUAUUGGUUCCAAAACCGCCGUUCAAGAUCUCGCCGCCGCCAGCGCCAGAUGAUGCAGCAAGCCGCCGCCACCCUUGAUCAAACAACACAUAACCCUCAACCUCAACCCCAACCUCAACCUCAACUUGUUGUUGAUGGUGCAAUUCCACAUGAUCAAGUGAAUAUUCCAACUCAGGCUAAUCUUCUUGUUGCAACUGAGGCUUCAACCAUGGGUUUUGGUUCUUCUUCUUCUAUUAGUUAUGAUCUACAUGGUUCGUCUUCAUCAUGUGAUGGUGCAGUUGGUGGCCAAGAUGGAUUCUUUUCGGUUUCUUCUCAAAUGGGUUUCCCUGGAAUAAUUGAUCAGGGUUCAAUUGCAUCUUCAGUUUUGUACCCUCCCCUUGAUUCUGAUUUGAGCUUCCACCCUGGAUACGGGAUCCCAAAUUAUUCAGGAUUCAUCACAGUAUUUAUCAAUGGGAUUGCAACAAAUAUUCCAAAGGGACCAAUAGAUAUGAAAACAUUGUUUGGAGAAGAUGUAAUGUUAGUUCAUUCCUCUGGAUUGCCAGUUCCCACCAAUGAAUUUGGGUUCUUGAUGCAGAGCUUGCAGCAUGGUGAAAGCUAUUUUCUGGUAUCAAAGCCAACACAAGCAUGA